UGGGACUGGUGACCUUUCCCCUCCGCGACCAGUUUCCCGGGGCUGCUUAGAUCCGGAGCGGCACCGACGCGGGUUCCAGGGAGGCAAGAUGGCGGACGUGCUGGAUCUUCACGAGGCGGGCGGCGAGGACUUCGCCAUGGAUGAGGAUGGGGACGAGAGCAUCCACAAGCUGAAAGAGAAGGCGAAGAAACGGAAGGGCCGCGGCUUCGGCUCCGAAGAGGGCUCUCGGGCGCGGAUGCGGGAGGAUUUUGACAGCGUGGAGCAGGAUGGCGACGAGCCCGGACCACAGCGCUCUGUUGAAGGCUGGAUUCUCUUUGUCACUGGGGUCCAUGAGGAAGCCACGGAAGAAGACAUCCAUGACAAAUUCGCGGAGUAUGGGGAAAUAAAAAACAUCCACCUCAACCUGGACAGGCGCACAGGAUACCUGAAGGGGUAUACUCUAGUUGAGUAUGAAACGUACAAGGAGGCCCAGGCUGCGAUGGAGGGACUCAAUGGCCAGGAUCUGAUGGGACAGCCGAUCAGUGUGGACUGGUGUUUCGUUCGGGGUCCACCCAAGGGCAAGAGGAGAGGCGGCCGCCGGCGCAGCAGGAGUCCAGACCGGAGGCGUCGCUGACCGGUCCUCCGCUGGCCAGGUGUUCGCUCCGGAGAUUCCAUGUGACCACGCGGCUUUGGAGAAGUAGGGCCUGGGUGGAACUCGCCGUUUAUAUUUAAUCCUUUUCCCUGUUGCUUAGUGUUUUGGAGGGGGCGGGGGGGUGUGAAUUAUAAAUAAAGGUCCCAUUUUUGUUUUCUACAUUUAGAAUUAUUUUCUUGCUCUAACCUGCAAACUCUGAAGUGCUAUUUACAGUAGGUAGUGUGGGACACUAAAGGUACUUCUCCCAGUUAAAUGAAUUCAGUGAGUUUCUACAUUAGACAUAGUCUCAAGCCUCAAAGAGUCAAAGUAGAAACACUGCUUACGGUAUUUAUUUUUCUUGGAAGCUAAGAGAGCAGGGGUAGAAGUGAGAUGUUUUCAGGAUAUUAACGAAUUAUUAUUUUUGUUCCUGUAUACUCUGUCCUGAGCAAAUGGAUGCUAUAGGAAUGUUUUAGGGGUUUUUUGUUCCUCCUGCCCUUACUGCCACAUUUGUUUGUACUGCCAGCUAUUUAAGGGCUGAAUCUCCUCUGGGGCAUUCUCCCAGAUUCUCUUUCCCUAAAGGAGUCAAUACGAAGUUCUUGGUGCCCACUGUGGCAGCCAAGGGGGAAGGCCCCUUGGAGAUGAUCCGGAGGAGCAUUGACGAGGCCAAAGAGAAGAGGAGGAGGCGGGGAGACUGGGAGGAACUCCAGUUAGCACUGUGGGAGGGAACCAGUACAGAGACCCAAUAAGCAGUAAGGUGUGCGGCAGAGGACAGAGGUCAACUAAAUAAGCAGCGUUAGCCGCGGGUCCUCAGACAGACACGGGGUGGUUGUCUAAGGAGGGUUUCACUGGUAGGUUUGGGAUUUCGAAAAUAUACUGAAAUUCAGAACCAUUUGGCUCCGGACCUGAGUAUAGGGUGAGUUGAUGGGUGGGCAGUGAGAUGGAGCUCUCUCCUGGCAAGGAAGAAAAUGCUACACACCCUCUUCUCCUUCCAAACUUGGGACUGUGUGCUCCUUUCCCUCAGGGAUUAUGACAGACAUGCUGGAGAAUUGGGGGUUUUUUUUGUUUGUUUUCCUAAUUUUUAUUCAUUUCAGAGAAAAAGGUAGUGGGAGACAGAAACAUCAUUGAUCAGCUGCCUCCUGCACAUCCCCCUUGAUGGGAAUUGAGCCCUCAAUCCAGGCAUGUGCCCUGACCGGGAAUCGGACUGUGACCUGGUUCAUAGGUCAACGCUUAACCACUGAGCCAUUGGUGGGCAAGGUUUGCUUGAGGUGCUGUGCUGUAUGAGGCUACUAAGUCUGCUUUAAGACUUCAUGGUGUCCCAAGAGUAAAGGAGAAUACUGGUCGUGUUUCUCCUUAAUCCACCUAACUGAAGUUCAGAUGAUGGCUAGAGGUUGGUUAGAAUUGGAGGCAUUCAAGAAAAUUACGUGCAGCAUCAGGUACUAGAAAUACAGUUAGAAUCUCACUUUUGGUUUGAUGAGUAGCUAUCAGAUAAAUGAGGCCAGAGGCAAUUGUUUGAGGGUAUGGAUGAGAGCCUGGGGUUCGACACUGAGGACAGAGCGGCGAUAGCAGAUGGUCAUGGCAGUCAGUGGCACAGAAUGGCAGCAGCAGAAGAGGUUUUACGUACUCUCUUGCCAUUGAGCCUUGAAGCUGCCUUUGGUGACACACUGAGCGAAGGGGCCUGGGCCGGCUUGGCGGAUGGUAUGGAAGAGCAGCAGCUGGGGUGGGGUUGAGGACUAUUCUUACUGAUCCCUUCCACCUCCCUCAACCUACCCACCAUUGUCACACUUGAAUCCAUGCAAAACACUACCAUGUGAGUUGAUGUUUCAGCCUUAGUGCCAGUAUUUAAAAGGUUAGAAAUGUAUCUUGAAAAUCCCCAUGUCCUCUUAGGCUAUGGAGCUAACCAUUAAGUUUGUUAAAUCCUGGGAUGUAAAGAAUCCUGACUUUUUUCUUUUUUAAAAAUUACUAUGCUAAACAUUGCACUUUAUAUCUCUACCACCUCAUCAAUAUUUUUAACUGAAAUGAUUUUCCUGAUGUGUCUGAUUAAUUCUUGGAGGAAAAAUCUUGUAUAAAAUGGGUGAUGCUAAAAUUUCAGACCAUUUGUGCAACAACUCUGAAGUGACCUUUAGUAACAGACUUUUGUACAGUAACUAUAAUAGUGAAACGAUGUUAAAUAAUAAAAUUUAACAUUUACCACAUG